AUGGGAGAAAUGGCUAGUGGCAGCAACUGGCUCGGCUUCUCCCUCGCGCCUCACACGGCAAUGGAGGUGCCCAACGCUUCUGAACCCGCUCCCGCUCACCAUGCUCCGCCUCCUACCAGUACUACGAUCUCCUCUUCCGGUAACAACGCCGCCGCCACUUCCAACUUCCUCUUCUCACCGAUGGCCGCGCCCUAUCCGGGAUACUACUGUGUGGGCGGCGCGUAUGGCGAUGGCACCAGUUCUGCCGGCGUCUACUACUCCCACCUGCCUACCGUGCCCAUCAAGUCCGACGGCUCCAUCUGCAGCAUCGAAGGCAUGAUGCCGUCGUCCCCACCGAAGCUGGAGGACUUCUUGGGUGGUGGCAAUGGCAAUGGCGGUGGCCAAGAAACGGCCACCUACUACAGCCACCAGCAGGGCCAAGAGGAGGAGGCAAGCAGGGAUUACCACCAGUACCAGCCCCACCAGCUCGUCCCCUACAACUUCCAGCCACUGACGGAAGCCGAGAUGCUCCAAGAAGACGCGGCGCCAAUCGACGAGGCCAUGGCCGCGGCCAAGAACUUCCUCCUGACGAGCUACGGCGCUUGCUACAGCAACGGGGAGAUGCAUCCGCUGAGCCUGUCGAUGAUGAGCCCCGGGUCCCAGUCGAGCAGCUGCGUCAGCGCGGCUCCGCAGCAGCAGCAGCACCAGAUGGCCGCUGCCGCCUCUGCAGCCGCUGCCCAGGGGCGCAGUAAUGGCGGUGGUGAGCAGGGCGUGGGGAGGAAGAGGGGCACUGGCAAGGGAGGCCAGAAGCAGCCGGUGCACCGCAAGUCCAUCGACACGUUUGGGCAGAGGACCUCCCGGUACAGGGGCGUCACCAGGCACAGGUGGACUGGAAGGUAUGAAGCCCACCUCUGGGACAAUAGCUGCAGAAAGGAUGGGCAGACAAGGAAAGGAAGGCAAGUAUAUCUAGGUGGUUACGACACUGAAGAUAAGGCUGCAAGGGCUUAUGAUCUUGCUGCUCUGAAAUACUGGGGUCCUGCUACUCACAUCAAUUUCCCCGUAGAGAACUAUCAAGAUGAGCUUGAGGAGAUGAAAAGCAUGACAAGGCAAGAAUUUGUAGCACACUUGAGAAGGAGAAGCAGUGGGUUUUCUCGAGGUGCUUCCAUCUACCGAGGAGUGACAAGGCAUCACCAGCAAGGAAGAUGGCAGUCUCGGAUUGGCAGGGUUGCCGGAAACAAGGAUCUGUACCUCGGCACUUUCACCACUCAAGAAGAAGCAGCGGAGGCUUAUGACAUCGCUGCCAUCAAGUUUCGUGGCUUGAACGCGGUGACGAACUUUGACAUAACGAGAUACGACGUUGACAAAAUCAUGGAGAGCAGCACCCUACUGCCUGUGGAGGAAGCACGCAAGGUCAAGGCGAUCGAGGCCACGAACGGUGUUCCCAUGAUGCACAAUAAUGGUAGCAGGGAGCUCAACCCUGCCGAGGAAACAAGUGCUGACUGGAGGAUGGUGCUUCAUGGUUCUUCCCAGGAAGCUGUGCACUGCCCGGAAGCAGUUGAUCCCCAGAAGGGCAUCAUGACUCACUCCUCCCUGCACGGCAUCGUUGGGCUUGACGUCUCGUGUGUGGCCCAUGAUCACCACCUUGACGUUCCAGGCAAGUCCGGUGGCGUCAACUUCUCCAACUCGUCAUCGCUGGUGACAAGCCUCGGCAACUCCAGGGAGGGGAGCCCCGAGAGGCUGGGCCUGGCCAUGAUGUACGGCAAGCAGCAACCGCACGCCGUGAGCCUGGCCGCCAUGAGCCCCUGGAUGCCUAUGCCGGCGCCGGCAGCACAGCACGUGGCCUCUCAUCUCCCUGUCUUUGCCGCUUGGGCGGAUGCCUAGCUGACGCGGAGUUGGGGUUCAGUAGCUUUGCCCAAUCUUGCUCGCCAUUGGGUGGUUUUUGUAAACUGAAGCAAGAUUGGGAGCACCAAGUUAGGUAAGUUAGCUGCAAUAGCAAGGUUGGUUAGUUGCCAUGUUGAUUGGUGUAGUGGUAUGCACUAGAAGGUUGCUAGGUCUUGAUUAGUCUACAGCUUAUGCACAAUCUCAGUAGCGGUGGUAGCGUUCUUCUGAGCCUUUUUGGGUGCAAAAUUGGUUGGAAUGUAGCAUGGCUCCCUUUGAACGUUGCAUGAAAAAAAAACAAGGCUGUUGCCAGGAAAAGGA